UUCCUUCCUUUCCUUUUUGCGUCUUUUCCUCCAUGUAAUCGGAUUCAUCUUCUUCCAUUCCAAGAAGCAACCUUUCCCUGAGAACUCAAUCCUCCGUUGGUUGCAUACUAUUCAAUGAAUUGAGAAACCCAGCUCAAUCUUUGCUUCACCUUCUGUCGGAUUGUAAUUCCACCCCGCCUCACCAAUCACCCGUUUCAAGUUCUCAGCCCGACGCUAAUCUCAGGAGCUGCCCUGCGACUUCCCCUUGUUGAAUCUUCUUCUUCAGCUGGUGAGCUUCAGGGUCGUCUGCCCUUCGGGGGUUUUCUUCUUUUUGGUGAUGACUCUGAGCUUUCAAGACUUCUUCUGGAAAUGGCCCAGCUCCCUUUAAGCCCUGUACAUGCCUUCCUAAUCCUCCUCACCACUUUCUUCUCAUUCACCGUCACCCCCACUUGCUGUUCCGAUCCGAAUGGCGAGUUCUCUGUCACCGAUUACGAGACCUUCGCUUUCCAUGGCGACUACUCCCCGCCCGCCCCGCCCCCGCCUGUCUCCCCGCCCCACCCGCCCUCCCUCUCCUGCGGGGAUGACCUCGGCGGAAUCGGGUCUCUCGACACUACCUGUGAGCUCAACGCUACCUUGGAAUUCUAUGACGACGUCUACGUAGAAGGGCUGGGGAACUUAAUUAUCCUCCCCGGAGUUACUCUUAGCUGUCCAGUGAAGGGCUGCUACAUUUUGGUGAACAUCAGCGGGAACUUCAGUCUUGGCCAAAAUGGAGCCAUUAUUGCAGGGACAGUUCAUAUAGUGGCUAACAACGCUAGCUUUGGUGAUGGCUCUCUGGUCAAUGUGACGGCCCUCGCUGGAGACCCACCUGCCCAGACGAGCGGGACGCCAAGUGGGACUGAAGGCGCGGGGGGUGGACACGGUGGCCGUGGGGCUAAUUGCCUUACUGAUAACCAGAGGAUGCCCGAUGAUGUGUGGGGUGGGGAUGCGUAUUCAUGGACUUCUCUUGAUGAGCCAUAUAGUUAUGGGAGUAAGGGAGGGACCACGAACAGGGAGGAACACUAUGGCGGAGAGGGAGGUGGCAGGAUUAGGAUUGAUGCAGCAGGCGAGGUUGAGGUCUUGGGAUCUCUACUUGCGAACGGAGGGGAUGGUGGUCUGAAGGGCGGUGGAGGUAGUGGUGGGAGUAUUUUUAUCAAGGCCCAUAGAAUGACUGGAAUCGGUGUUAUAAGUGCUGCUGGAGGUAGUGGAUUCGCUGGAGGUGGUGGUGGAAGAGUUUCUGUAAAUGUAUUCAGCAGGCACGAUGAUACGGUCUACUUUGCUCAUGGAGGGAGGAGCGUUGGCUGUCCGGCUAAUUCAGGAGCUGCAGGAACAUAUUAUGAUGCUGUACCUCGGAGUCUUACUGUUGAUAAUCACAAUUUGUCCACAGACACGGACACACUUUUGCUAGAGUUCCCUAAACAGCCACUUUGGACCAAUGUUUAUAUUCUGAAUUAUGCCAAGGCUUGCGUUCCUCUGUACUGGGGCCGUGUUCAGGUUCGAGGACAACUCCGUAUGUCAGGUGGAGCUCUCUUGAGCUUUGGGCUGUUCCAUUACCCCUCAUCAGAAUUCGAGUUAAUGGCAGAAGAGCUUUUAAUGAGCGACUCUGUUAUCAAGGUGUAUGGCGCUCUUCGCAUGUCAGUUAAAAUGCACUUAAUGUUGAACUCCAAAAUGCUUAUAAACGGCGGGUCUGAUUCAAUUUUGGCCACAUCCCUGCUUGAGGCCAGCAACCUUCUUGUUCUCAGGGGAUCAUCGAUGAUACAUUCUAAUGCACAUUUAGGAGUUCACGGUCAGGGAUAUUUGAAUUUGACUGGACCAGGAGAUCUCAUCGAGGCUCAACGUCUUGUCAUCUCAUUAUUUUACAGCAUCAGUCUUGGACCAGGAUCUAUCUUGAGGGGGCCCCUGGAAAGUGCCAGUGAUAACGACCUGACGCCCAAGCUAUACUGUGAGCAUGAAGAUUGCCCCAGUGAACUGAUGCACCCACCAGAAGAUUGUAAUGUCAAUUCUUCAUUGGCUUUCACUCUUCAGAUCUGUCGAGUUGAGGAUGUAACUGUGGAAGGAACUGUGACUGGAUCAGUGGUGCAUUUUCAUUGGGUCAGAAAUGUAAUUGUACACUCCAGUGGAGCAGUUAGUGCAUCUGGACUCGGAUGCACUGGUGGAUUUGGAAGAGGAAAAAUGUUUGAUAAUGGUCUGGGUGGUGGUGGCGGGCAUGGUGGUAAAGGCGGAGAUGGGUAUCAUAAAGGGAGUUUUAUCGAUGGCGGUCUCUCAUAUGGGAAUCCAGAGUUGCCUUGUGAACUUGGGAGUGGAAGUGGGAAUGAUAGUCUUGCAGGCGCAACUGCUGGUGGUGGUAUAAUUGUGAUGGGUUCUCUAGAGCACUCAUUGUCCACUCUCUCGAUUGAUGGCUCCCUAAGAGCGGAUGGAGAGAGUUUCGGAGAGGUUAUCAGAAGCGGGAGGAAUAUCUCAAAUGUGGGACCUGGAGGUGGGUCUGGUGGGACGAUUCUCCUAUUUGUGCGCUCAGCGGUGCUCAGUAAUUAUUCAGUCAUCUCCACCAUUGGAGGACAUGGGAGUCCUGGUGGCGGCGGCGGUGGAGGUGGUGGGAGAGUUCACUUCCACUGGUCUGAUAUUCCAACUGGUGAUGAAUACUUGCCCCUAGCUACUGUAAAUGGAAGCAUCCAAACAGGCGGAGGGUUUGGAAAGGGACAGGGUCGUUCCGGCGGAAAGGGGACUGUUACUGGAAAGGCAUGCCCCAAAGGACUUUAUGGUACUUUCUGUGAGGAAUGCCCUGUUGGCACUUACAAGAACAUCAGUGGUUCAGAUAGAGCUCUUUGUCAUGAGUGCCCACCUCAAGAGCUUCCUCACCGAGCUGUGUAUAUUUCAGUCAGAGGGGGUGUCACCGAGAAUCCUUGCCCGUACAAGUGUGUUUCCGAGAGAUUUCACAUGCCCAAGUGUUACACAGCUCUUGAAGAAUUGAUCUACACAUUCGGUGGACCGUGGCUGUUUGGUCUUAUCCUCCUCACUGCUCUUGUCCUGUUAGCACUAGUGCUCAGUGUUGCACGUAUGAAAUAUAUUGGUGGGGAUGAGUAUGACUUAUCCCCUUCUCUGCCUCCUCGACGUGGUUCUCGUUUAGAUCACUCCUUUCCCUUUCUAGAGUCACUCAACGAGGUUAUGGAGACAAAUAGAAUCGAGGAAUCUCAGACUCAUGUGCACAGGAUGUACUUUAUGGGGCCAAAUACAUUUAGUGAACCUUGGCAUCUAGCGCAUUCUCCUCCUGAGCAAGUGAUGGAAAUAGUGUUUGAGGAUGCGUUCAAUAGGUUUGUGGAUGAGAUUAAUGCCUUAGCAGCUUAUCAGUGGUGGCAAGGGUCGGUGUACCGGAUCUUUUCGCUGAUUGCUUAUCCACUAGCCUGGUCUUGGCUUCAGCGGUGUCGGAAAAAGAAACUACAGCAGCUUCGAGAAUUUGUUCGAUCAGAAUAUGACCAUGCAUGCUUGCGUUCUUGCCGAUCGCGUGCUCUCUACGAAGGGCUUAAGGUGGCUGCAACAUCAGAUCUAAUGCUUGGUUACAUGGAUUUUUUCCUUGGUGGAGAUGAGAAGAGGACGGAUCUUCCUCCUCGUCUUCAUCAGAGAUUUCCAAUGAGCUUAAUGUUUGGAGGGGAUGGAAGUUACAUGGCCCCCUUUUGUCUUCACAACGACAACAUUAUUACCAGCCUUCUGAGCCAGGCUGUUCCUCCGACUGUAUGGUAUCGAAUGGUGGCAGGUCUGAAUGCGCAAUUGCGUUUGGUCCGUUCUGGGCAGCUAAAGGCUACACUAGGCAGGAUUGUUAGCUGGUUGGAAACCCAUGCAAACCCAACUUUGGAUUCGUAUGGCAUCCAUGUUGACCUUGCUUGGUUUCAGCCCACGGCUUCGGGAUAUUGCCAGUUCGGUCUCAUUGCAUGUGCUGUUGAAAAUCAAAAUCAUCCAUCGCCAAUUGACAGUCACGAUGAACCAUCACCACCCAAGCAACAAUCUGGAUUGCGUGGAACUUUUAGGGAAGGUCUGUUGGAUCACAGGAGAGCUGAAGGCCAUCUGAUUUUCCACAAGAAAAUGUAUGGUGGAAUUCUCCACGCAAAGAGCUUGAGGACACUGAAAGAGAAGAACGCGAUUUGCUACCCCAUGUCCUUUCUACUUUAUAAUACCAAGCCUCUUGGUCAUCAAGACCUUGUGGGAUUAGUUAUCUCGAUACUGCUGCUCGGGGAUUUCAGCCUAGUCUUGCUAACUUUACUGCAACUCUACUCUUCUUCGCUGCUCGACUUUCUAUUGGUUCUUUCUAUACUUCCUCUGGCAAUUCUGUUUACUUUCCCAGCGGGAAUUAGUGCCCUAUUUAGCCAUGGGCCAAGGCGGUCAGCAGGGCUAGCUCGUGUAUAUGCUCUGUGGAACAUAACGUCAUUGAUCAAUGUUUUUGUUGCUUUCAUUUGUGGUUUUCUUCAUUACGAGACCCAUGCGGGUAAAAAGCAUCCGAACUUUCAGUCGUGGAAUUUUAGCAUGGAUGAGAGUGAAUGGUGGAUGCUGCCUUCGGGGCUGGUUCUGUGCAAGAUCAUCCAAGCUCGUCUUAUUGACAGGCAUGUGGCGAAUCAGGAGAUUCAGGAUCACUCCUUGUACAGCAACGAGGCCGAAGUGUUCUGGCAGUCUUGAUGAGCUAUUUGUAUUCAACUGCCUCAUAGGUAAUGACUGGGGGAAAGGUUCUAACUUAGACCCGAUCCGAAAAAGAUUCCUUUCACUGAUCGAGAAAGGCAUACCGUAUGGAUGGUUAUGGGAUAAAGAGGCAUUUGAGCCAGUCUAAGGAAUCUCUUUUAGACCUGAUCUGCGCUGGGAUCUCCCCACCAAGAGGCUGUUUUAGAUGCCUCAUUUCUACUAAGGCCUUUCCCGAUAUUCGGGUUUGGGGUCUCUGAUGUGCCUGUAAAAUAUGAGAUGUCUGUUUAUUUGCAAUCAUGUAGAGCCUGUAACAUUGAUUGUUGACUCUAAACUGGGGAAAGAAGAGAAGAGAUAAGCUCUAACAUAGAUUGGGAAGCCAUAGUUUUGGCAGUUGGUUUCCAGUGUAACACACAGUUUGCUGUUAUGGACUGAGCAGUUAAGGCCCUGUUUGGUUUUAGGGUGUAAUUUUAAAA